UCAAUCCAGGACGGCUACAAGGACAGAGUAUUGACAUCUUAGUGAAUGGUUUAUGCCAAAGACAGUGAACCAUUUGUCAAAUUAUUCCAACUCCCGAGGGUUUUGACCCCCUCACAUAAAUCUUAUCGCGUAACUUAUUUCUGCCUGCCUGUCAGAAGCGUAUGGUUUAUGAGAACUAAGGUUCGUACAAUUAUCUUCUCCGACUGUCGCAGGUUGUCCAUUAGGCGCGCGCUUGCUUCAGAUAACGUAAGACUGGAGUGCGACAACAGCAACAACCGGAUUUCUGUGGAACGAGACGCUUAAAACCAAGGAGUGCAGGAGGUCAUGGGUCUGGAAGCCGAGCAGAUGUUCACAAGAAAGUAUUCCCAUUACAAUGGAAUUCCCACCAUUUGACUUCGAAUUCCGUAUAUAAACUUCGACAACGCGUAUGGGGUUUAUUUUCAGCAAUUAUUACAGGCUGGAGCGACACCUGCUUUGAAACUGUAGCGGCUUGUUGAGGGUGGGAAACAGUGUUUGGUGAAGCAACAGCAUGGUGAUAGGGCGUCGGUAUUUUUAAAUCGACCUUUGAGAUUAUGAUGCUUUAAGGACCCAGAUGGCCUUAGUGAACGAUCUUUUAAUGGUGAACAGCACGUUGAGCCCGCUCCCCUCCUGCACCUACAGCGAGGACUUCAAGAGAUACCUCCUCCCGGCCGUGUACGCCGCAGUCUUCCUCAUCGGCCUGCCCCUGAACUGCACCGUCAUCCUCCGCAUCUUGAGGUCCGGGAAGGCUCUGACGCGCAACACCAUCUACAUGCUCAACCUGGCCGUGGCCGACUUCCUGUACGUCUGCUCCCUGCCGCUGCUCAUCUACAACUACGCCAGCCAUGACUACUGGCCCUUCGGCGAGCAGGCCUGCAAGCUGGUGCGCUUCCAGUUCUACAGCAACCUGCACGGCAGCAUCAUGUUCCUCACCUGCAUCAGCUUCCAUCGAUACCUGGGCAUCUGCCACCCGCUGGCCACCUGGCACAAGACCGGUGGCCGGAGGUUCGCCUGGAAGGUGUGCGGGGCGGUGUGGGUGGUGGUCUUCUGCCUCUGCGCGCCCACGUUCAGCUUCGCCGCCACGGGGAUACAGCGGAACCGGACGGUGUGCUACGACCUGAGCAAGCCCAGCCUGUCGGAGAGUUACUUCCCAUACGGCAUGGCGCUCACCUGCCUGGGGUUCCUGCUGCCCUUCCUGGCCAUCGUGGCCUGCUACUGCCGCAUGGCCUUCGUCCUGUGCCGGGGCGAGGGAGUGGUGGCUGCCGCGCAGAAGAAGAAGGACAAGGCGGCGCGCAUGAUCGUGGUGGUGAUGGCGGUGUUCGCCGUCAGCUUCCUCCCGUUCCACCUGACCAAGACCGCGUACCUCCUGGUGCGGACCCUGCCGGGGGCGCCGUGCGAGGUGCGGAACAUGUACUCCGUCAUCUACAAGAGCACCAGGCCCUUCGCCAGCAUGAACAGCGUGCUGGACCCCAUCCUCUUCUACUUCACUCAGUCAAAGUUCCGCAGCAGCACCAGGUCACUGAUGCUCAGGGCCAGCACCUUCCGAGGCAACGGUUCAAAAGUGUGACAGUGUCCUCCUGAAGACUGACUGCUGGUAAAGGUUGGGCGAGAGCAACUUGCUCUUAAGGGUGGAUCUCUGUUGUUUAGAAUUGUUUUUGUAAUAUGCUACUAAACACCAUGUCAAACGCCAGCGUGACACCCCUGGGAGGUAGAUGCGGCAGUGCUGGGAAGCACCGUUGGUUGCUGCAUUGAGAGAGAGAGAGAGCACCCACACAAACACGAAACCAAACAAACGACCCUCCUCACCCUCGCCCCCUCACGGGUUCUGGGCGAAAACAAUAAACCAGAACCACAAGCUAAAAUGACAGAGACAAAAGAGAGUAAAACGGCGCGACCACUUCCCCGUGCGCCGCCCGCUGCUGGCCCGCCUUCCCAGCCGGCUCCAGCUCCUCCAGCAUCCCAGUUGAGGAUUCCUUUCUCAGUCUUUCCAGCACAACACUCCAGAAAUAAAACGAAAAUCAUAACUGCGCUCUCGGUGUGAGCUCCCGGUCUCUGCCCCGAACUGUGAAGAGCAGCACACCUUUAAGCACCUGGGCUGAUUAGCCUACGCAACCCAGGUGCGUGUGCUCUCUCCACCAGCCGGCGCGGCCGAGACCAAUCCGCCUCUCCGGCAGACCGAAUGCCACACACCAUUAAUCAUCUGGAGCUUCAGCUGUCUCCAUUUCCCCCUGGUCUAGGUAUGGUUUUCUGGUGAGUUGAGUUGAAUUUAUUUCUGGAUGCUUUGAACAGUUGAUGACUUCUGAUGAAAGCAAGAGAAUAUUCAAUGUAUACAUUGUAUUUAGUUCCACAUUUUGCUUCUAUUGGACAUAUGUUUAAACAUUAGCUCCUUUUUUCAUUUGAAGUAAAUUAAUAAAUUCAUUCUGAGUGUCAACAAAUCCUGUCCAGACACAAAUGUGAGAAUGAAAGAGCAACCCAUUUUAAAUGCUAGGGUUCAUUUGUUUUAUAAUCCAGUGAAGUAAAUGGCAUGUUUGUUUUUUUAUUGAAAGUAUACAAUGUUUUUAUUCAAGGAACACUUAUUCAAGAUGCUUAAAUGAUUUGACUAUCAGCAACAUCAAGAGAAUUUUACAUUUAGCCAAGCAGGUUUCUAAUUAGAUGAAGCAGUAUUGAUUGCUCAAGCUCAGUUUGGGUUUGUUUAGGCAGAGAUUCUACAACAGUAUCAUUCUGUUGUUGGGGGAAGGGGGGGCAGUUUGGAGCAUCCUUUCGUCAUGUUUAGCAUUUUUUGUCAUUCAAAAUACUGACCAACAGGUGGCAUGUGUUGUAAACUGUGACUUGACCUCUUCAAAUGUCAGGAAUUUCAAUAACCUAAUACAGCUACCUAUAAAGAAGCUAUGCAUGCAGUUAAUGCAGCUGAGAUAAAACUGUGAUUUAUUUUGGUUCUCUAAGAAAUGCUUGAUUUUUAAAAAUUCUAUUGUAAAUCAGUUGUAAAUAAUAAAUCAAAGCAGCAGUGGAUCGCAUGAAAUUCAGUUUAGCUGGAGAGCCAGCUAGUCCACAAGACACAUCUUAAUGAAAUGAAAAAAGUCUAUAAUUUAAUGAAGUAUUUGGGCAGCCCAAAAUAUUUUUUCAUGUUAAUAACAUACUAGAGAGAUGGUUAAAUGUGUAUUUAUAUAUGUUCUUGUCAAUGAUAAGUAUACACAGUUUUUUAAUGACAAACUGAAAAAUGACAAAAAAGUCAAAUAACAGCUGUGAAUAGUAUGAUGGUAUAAUUUUUGGGGAUCAAAACAUGAACCCAACAGGUCAUAGGUUAAAUCCAAAACAUGACACUGUUGAUAUAUGAAAUAAAACACUGUUGCCGAUGCUUAACAAUAACAUAUUAUAAAAGAUCAUUUAUAAUAAAAUAGUUUAAAAAAAUAUAUAUGUUAUAUGUGAAUUGUAUUUAUCCAGUUGUAACCAUGUGGUUGCACAUAUUACAGGAAUAUAUGUCAUAUAAAUACAUAUAGAUUGUAGGCCUGAUUUACCAAGACCUUUAGCUUGUGCAAAACCAGUAACAUGACCAAUAAUUGGUGCAAAAUAAAUACCAUUCUAGCCCUAUAUGUAUAUAAUAGGCAAUGGUUUAUCAUUUUAUAAUAACUAAUAUUACAUUGCUUAUAUUUGAAAUAUUGAACACAUAUUCUCCAUCAUUACUAGCGAUGUUAUGCUGUCUGUUUCAAGCUUGCUUUGAAUAUAGCAUCAUUCCUUCGGUGUGGAUUAAAUCUAUUAUUAAACUGAUCCCAAAGUCCACUAAGAACGAGCCAAAGGUUCCCCUUAACUAUAGGGGCAUCAGCCUUUCAAGUACAGUUUAUAAAUUACACUCUAACAUUUUGAAUAACCCGUUAAUUCAGUACUUGGAAAUGACAGAAUAUCUUGUUGAUGAGCAGAAUGGAUUUAGGAAAAAUAUAGCUUGCAUUGAUCAUAUCUAUUCAGUAUCAUCUGUAAUUAGAGCCAGACUAGAGGAAGGCAAAUCUACAUUUGUUUGCUUUGUCGACUUCCAAAAGGACUUUGAUUGGGUCAAUAGAGAUCUGCUUGCCUUCAAGCUUAUUAAAGCUGGGAUUGAUGGUCAAUUCUACGAAGCAAUGAAAACUUCAUACAGUUCUCCAGUCGCCUGUGUAGAGAUAAAUAACAUGUUUACUGAAUGGUUUCCUACUCCCUACUGGAGUCAAACAAGGUGACAUUCUUUCUCCAACUCUGUUUGCUUUAUAUGUGAAUGAUUUAGCUCAACAAAUUAAGGAUGCAAACCUAUGUGUAAGUCUGGGGGAUACAACACUUGGUAUUUUACUUUAUGCAGAUGAUAUAGUCCUUAUUGCUGAAUCUGAAGUUGACUUACAAAGUAUGUUAAACCUUGUGAACUUAUGGUGCUCUAGAUGGAGACUAACAAUAAAUCAGAGUAAAACCCAGAUAAUGCAUUUCAGGAAAAAGGGUACAGCAAGAAGUACACAAAAUAUCACUUUUGGACCAUCACCACUAGAAUAUGCUAGUGUGUAUAAAUACCUGGGGUUUGCCCUGGAUGAAUUUAUGACCUACGAGGUGGGGAUAAAAUCCCUAGCAACUUCGGCUGGGGGAGCGUUAGGCCCAGUGAUUAAUAAAUUAAAAGUGUGCAAAGAUCUUGGUUAUUCAACAUAUUCACAACUUUAUGAUGCCUGUGUUUCUCCUGUACUAAAUUAUGCUGCUGGCAUAUGGGGCUUUAAAGAAUCCAAAAAUGCCUAUUCUAUUCAGAAUAGAGCCAUACGUUGUUUUCUUGGUGUACAUAAAUUUGCUCCAGUUCUAGCUAUUCAGGGUGAUAUGGGGUGGGUGCCUGGUCCUAUACAACAAAAAUGUGAGAUGGUCCGACUGUGGAACCGCCUGAUCAGUAUGCCAGAGGAUAGGAUAACCAAAAAGGUCUUUAUUUGGGAUGAAUUACACAGCACCCAAUGGACACAAGAACUUUUUUGAGGAAAUUGAUUUACAAUAUAUUUACAGAAAUAACUUACGGUGUAUUAUUAACAUGAUUAAAUAUAAGCUUUUAUUCAACUAUGAAGAAAAGUGGUCCAAUGAUAUAUUGCUAAAACCAAAAUUAAGGACAUAUAUUCAUGUUAAGCAAAACCAUGGCCCUGAACCAUACAUUAUGGCAUACCUAACCUGAAGCCAAAGGUCCCUGGUUGCCCAGUUACGAACUGGUAUCCUUCUUCUGGCUAUUGAGGUAGGCAGAUUUAAUGAUGUAAUUGAAGAAAAAAGACUAUGUCUGUUAUGUGAUCUGGGUGAAAUUGAAAAUGAAUCCCACUUUAUGCUGUACUGUACAUAUUAUGAUGAUCUAAGAGCACCAAUUUUCCAUGAAAUGUCUGUACGUAAUCCUGAAGUGUUUUUUGGGGGGGUGAUGAAAAGUUGGAAUGGCUAUUUAAGUUUGACGUUUUUAAAAUGGCUAACUUUGUUUCAAAAGCCUGGAAAAGAAGGGAAGAUGGAUUGUUUGUUUAGUCUCUAAUGAGGUGUUAUUAUUUAUGUAAUGAUUAUGUAUAUGUUGCAAAAACUUGGAAAAGAAGGUUUGGUUAUGGAGUCUAUACUGUUUUGUACGGGGCAUAUGUAUCAGAUAUGUGUUUGUAGCAUUUUAAUAGGUUUAGGAUUUACUCUGGAUCUGUUAUAUGCACAAUGUUGGUGUCAUAUAAGCCCAUGUGGGCUGUGCAUUAGUGUGAUGCAUGACACAAUAAUAAAAUUCAUUCAUUCAUUCAUUCAUAUUCACCUUGUACUGUAUAGCAUUUAAUUAAAAGGCACUUUGACCAAGAGGUGAAAAUGAGUCAAAGGGUCAUUAGCUUCUGCCACUGCAACAUGCCUUUUCUGACAUAAGUACUCUUUUCCUUUUAUUGUAAUCAAUUUCUUAAUUAAUUUGCAAUGAAGCUACUAUACUCUGAAAAUACAGAACACAAGCAUGAUGGAGAACGUGUUUGCGUUCUGUAAAUAAUUAUUGCCUACAUAACGAGCACUGUUGAUAGGCCAUUCUCGUAGUUCAAGACUCUUUGUUUUGUUUUGUUUUGUUUUGUUUUGUUUUGUUUUUCAUUGAAUGGCUACUGGAGCCUUUUUUUCCCCCCCGUGGAAUGUUGGAAUAUCAGGCUCGUCCACAAACUCAGUGACUGUGUCUGUGAUUCUGGAACAUCUUAAACAUCAUCUUACGAACCUAAUAUAGGUUAACCGGUAUUAGCCUAUAAUGUUUAACAUUGGCUAAAAUAAACAUACAUAUUUUGUAUUUCUUCCUCACCCCUCCCUCAGUGAUGUCAGCUUGAAAUUUCCCUGUGUCAGCCAGUAUUAUUUUCUUCCAGUUUUCGAAAUGUUGUUUAUUUUUUCUAUGUUUUUAUUUUGGAUGCUUAUAUUUUCCGCUAGGAUAUUAAGUUAAUUGAAAGUAACAUAUUUUUAUUUUUUGAUGUAUGGAUACAAUAAAAACAGCAUCAUACGUA